AUGAACUAUAUUUUUAAUUCACAAAAUUCUCAACUAUCACAACCACUCUUUUCACAACUUAGUCAAAAUACAUCUUCUCAAAAUACAACACAAAUAACUGCUACAGUGAGACCUUCAUUACUUCUUGCAAGAAAUCAAUUAGAACAAAAACAAAAAGAAAAACAAGAAAGAAAACGCAUAAAAAAAGAGUUAUUGAAAGCAACUCUUAAUCAAACAAUACAAAUGGUAAAAGAACUAAAGAAAAAACGAAAGGCUUUAGAAAAACUACAAAAUAUUUGUCAAUCUUUAGGUGAAGAAAUGAUUUUAUCAUAUAAUGAACAAAGUUCUUUAUUAAUGAAAUUCUUUGAUGAAUAUAAAGCAACAGAUAUUUCAAAGUAA